UGCUGCUUUGCUAAGAGCUACCUGAAGAGAGGAGACUCCUAUCCAACUGCAUCAUCUUAACAAGAUUCUCUCUCAAGUCCACUGAAGGUGUGUUUUAACAAGGAUGAGACCAGUAAAGAACAAUAACUGCUGCCAGAUGCAUGAAAACUGAUCACCAUCUUUGAGGAUCCUAGGAGAAUGUAACUACAAAACAUAAGAACUUGGUAAAGAACACUAUGGGAGCCAAUAACUCAAGCAAAACUCCUGUGUGCGAGGAAAACGAGGAAGUCAACUUUAACCAUUUUGAAAUUCUGCGAGCUAUUGGAAAAGGAAGUUUUGGCAAGGUCUGCAUUGUUCAAAAGAAUGAUACAAAGAAAAUGUAUGCUAUGAAGUAUAUGAACAAACAGAAAUGUGUUGAACGUAACGAAGUAAGGAAUGUGUUCAAGGAACUGCAGAUCAUGCAAGGCUUGGAGCACCCAUUUCUAGUUAACUUAUGGUAUUCUUUUCAAGAUGAAGAGGACAUGUUCAUGGUCGUAGAUCUUCUUCUUGGUGGGGAUUUGAGGUAUCACCUACAGCAGAAUAUGCGUUUUACAGAGGCAUCAGUUAAACUUUUUAUUUGUGAACUGGCAUUGGCCCUCGACUAUCUUCAAAGCAAAUACAUAAUCCACAGGGACAUAAAACCAGACAAUAUUUUGCUUGACGAACAAGGUCAUGUGCAUAUCACAGAUUUUAAUAUUGCUACAGUGGUUAAUAAAGGUGCAAAGAUAACUACAGUUGCUGGGACAAAACCUUAUAUGGCUCCUGAGAUGUUCUUUCCCAGAGGCCAGAUUAGUUAUUCCUUCUCAGUUGACUGGUGGUCUCUAGGAGUUACUGCCUAUGAACUCCUCCGAGGCAGGAGACCUUUUCAUAUUCAUUCAAGUACUGCAGCAACUGAUAUCGUUCACGUGUUUCACACAGCAACGGUCACGUACCCUCCUGCCUGGUCUAAGGAAAUUGUUGCCUUACUGCUUAAACUACUGGAUAGAAAUCCAGAAGAGCGUUUUUCAUGCUUAGCAGAUAUCCAGGACUUCCCUUAUCUGUCAGAAAUCAACUGGGAUGCGGUUCUACAGAAGAACAUGUCCCCAGAAUUCACCCCCACAAAAGGACGACUUAACUGUGAUCCAACAUUUGAGCUUGAAGAAAUGAUAUUAGAAUCUAAACCUCUGCACAAGAAAAAGAAACGUUUAGCAAAAAGAGUGAAAGACACUGGAAAAAGUCGCCCUGCUCUGAAUGGAAAUUUGCAGAAACAUUUGGACUCUGUAGAGAGGGACUUCAUUGUUUUCAACAGAGAAAAGAGCUGGCAAAACUUUAAUGAAAAACAAGAAAAAGUAACAGUGGCCCAAACCAAAGAAGAAGAUGAAGAUGGAAUGAACAAUAACCUACAACAAUUAUAACAAUUAUAUAUACUGUAUAUGUAUAUAUAUAUAUAUAUAUUUGUGGCUGUUGCA